AGUCGGCGUGUGUUGUACGGUGUGACACAAUAGUAGAACAAGUCGUGAAGUGUGGUGUGAUGAGCGAGAGUUUAGUGCUAAAUUUUAUAUAAAGCUUAUAUUUAUGCGUUAAAUUCAAUAUGGCUGGCAGUGACUACAAUAUUAAUAAGACCGAGGCCAACGGGAAGCCAGCAAAUGGUCAAGCCGUGAACGAUGCGACACCCGAAAGAGCAUCUUGGGGAAGACCAUUAGAGUUCAUUUUAGCUUGUCUUGGUUACGCAGUGGGUUUGGGCAAUGUUUGGAGAUUCCCCUACCUCUGCUACAGAAAUGGUGGUGGUGCAUUCUUAAUCCCAUUCUUCCUAAUGUUAAUAUUAAUUGGUCUUCCGAUCUUCUAUCUCGAGUUAUACAUUGGUCAGUUCACCGGCAUCGGACCAUUACAAGCGUUCAGUGCCAUAUCCCCGUUCUUCAGUGGUUUGGGCUACUGUACUUUAGUCGUCAUUUCCAUUAUAUCCAUAUACUAUAUGAUUAUAGUAGCCUGGACUCUGUUCUAUACGAUUGUGUCUAUCGCGGGCAACCUGGAUUGGGGGUCCUGCGAGAAUGAUUAUAAUACUGACGCUUGCUACAGUGGGGAGUAUGACAGUAACUGUCGAGUGAACAAUGUUGGCCUUGCGACUGAUCUUACUUACUACAUGCGGGAGUGUAUGAGUAUUGGACAGAUUUGCAUCGACACUGGCUUCCAGCCAUAUGAUGGACUUUACUGCUUGAAUGGAACUGAGACUGUACCCUGGUAUAGCAAUGUUACCAGGACUUUGGCUGCUGAAGAGUAUUACAAUGAACGUGUGCUGGGCCGAGGAGAUGCUACCUGGGAGAACUGGGGCUCCAUCCAGUGGCAUUUAGUUGGUUGUCUAGCAUUGUCUUGGUUCGUCGCUUUCUUAGUUGUUAUUAAGGGAGUCCAAUCUGCCGGCAAGGUAGUCUACUUCACUGCAUUAUUCCCUUACGUGAUGUUGACUGCUCUUCUGGUCCGAGGAGUUACACUCGAGGGAGCAGCUGAUGGAAUCCUGUUCUAUCUGUCACCUGAUUGGGAAACUUUGCUCGAUGCUCGCGUUUGGGGAGAUGCUGCUUCACAGAUCUUCUAUUCCUUCGGUGUGGCUUGCGGAUCUCUCGUGACCUUGGCUUCCUACAACAAGUUUACUAACAACUGUCAUUUUGACGCAGUCUUCGUCAGUUUCGCUAACUUCCUCACUUCUAUCUACGCUGGGUUCGCUAUCUUCUCCGUGUUGGGCUUCCAGGCUCAGAAAAUGGGUGUGAGCAUUGAUAUGGUGGCUGAACAAGGUCCAGGGUUAGCUUUCGUGGCGUACCCAGAAGCUUUACUGCAGAUGCCUAUCGCCAGGAUGUGGUCUAUCCUGUUCUUCUUGAUGCUCUUCAUCUUAGGAUUGGGAAGUCAGUUCGCUGGAAUUGAAGCCAUAAAUACCGCCAUUGUGGACAGGUGGCCUCAACUUAGGAAGAAUUAUUGGAGGGUGACUGCGUUCACAUGUUUCACAUGUUUCAUCUUGGGGAUUCCGAUGUGUUUCAGCGGUGGCGUGUACUUGUUUACACUCCUAGAUUGGAACACAGCCUCUUGGGCCAUCCUGCUGAUUGGUAUGGCUGAGUGUGUGGCGGUCUCUUGGAGUUACGGCAUCGACCGCGCCAUGAAGGAUCUGGCUUCUAUGGGAAUGCCUCUGAACAAAGUCCUCAGAUUCUACUGGAAAGCCGUAUGGACUGUCACUGUUCCUGUUGCUAGUAUUGCUAUCCUAGUAUUCAUCUUCUACGACUGGACCCCUCCUUCAUAUGAAGGCUAUCAGUUCCCUCUGUUCGCUGACCUAUUGGGCUGGGCUGUUGGCUUAUCAACUCUAGUGUUAUUCCCUGUUGGCGUUGGAUGGGCCUGGUACCAUGGAUACCGUGGCAAAGAGCUAUUCACACCAACAGACGCUUGGCAGCCAGCGAACAAGGCCUUAAUAGCCCCAAGGUCUGACUCCAUAAUGACCAUGGACUCCUUACACCAGGGACCUUACGACAACGUCGGCUACAUCAUGUGAUCAUCAAAAAUCAAAUAUCGUAAUAAUUCAAAACUAUUACGAGUAUCUAGUCAAGUGAAUUUGGUUGUACACGACCGAACUCAAAAAGCUAUCAUAAGGUUCAAAGCACACAGUGGAAGAGAUUCUGGAAAUAUAGUUUAUAGCAUACAUUUUUUUGUCAGGUUCUGUAAAUAUCGGAAAAAAUAAGAAAAGAACGUUAGUAGCCAAAUAAGGGUUUUCAAUAAAACAUCAUCAAUUAUGGAUCUAUUUGCACAGAAUGUAGAUAAAAAUAAAAAUGUUUUAAAAUAAUUCUUUAAACAUAAACAGCUUUAAAAUAAGCUGCAAUGCAUGACAUGUGUAGCACGCAUGGCCAUGUUACAGAUCACUUGAAAGUGAUCGACAGUUUUGCUGGCGUGUGUUUUGAACAAAAUAGAUAUAUGAAGCUUUGAGCGAGGUUGUUGUGAAAAUGUGUUGUUUGUAAUCGAUCUGAAAGGAUUCGUAUUGUUUAAUCAUUGUGCUAAGGGAUUAGUUACUACAUAUGAUACGAGAAGACUCUUUCAAGCGACCAAAAUAUUGAUUCAAGGAAUUUACUCUAAAAAUAAAAAAUACGCUGUCGCAGUUUUUUUGUUUCUUAAAACGUGUUAAAAAAUAAAGUAUAGAAAAAAAAUGAAAUGGCAAAAUUAAACUGAUUGACAGGCAUUUGUUAAUAGAGAGCCAAUGACAUGACUAAUGGAAAUAAAUAAUAAAAACAGCUUUCGU